AUGGCCGACGUUGCAGAGAAGACGGCGGGCUACUAUGCCCCCGAAAAGGAGGUGCCGCCCUCCCCCGUGCACACCAAUGAUGGACCGGUGGAUGGGGAGUUGGUCAACGCCUCAGGACAUCGUCAGGAACUCGAGCGAAACUUCAGCCUGCUCAGUAUUUGCGCCGUCGCAGUGACAACUGGAAACACCUGGAUCGCUCAAGGUGGAAGUGUCACUACCGCCCUCUAUAACGGUGGACUGGCCGGAACCAUUUAUGAAUUUAUUGUUGUGUCUGUCUGCUACUGGCUGGUGGCGGCGUCCAUUGCAGAACUCGCCUCUGGCAUGCCCUCGGCCAGUGGUGUUUACCACUGGGCUACUAUCACUGCCGGACCCAAGUACGGUCGCGUGUGUGGAUUCUACGCCGGAUGGUGGAACUGCCUGGCAUGGAUUCUCGGUGCUGCCUCGAUGUCUCUGAUUCUAGGUCAGCAGACCGUGGCCAUGUACGCUGUCAUGCAUCCCGGCUUCAUCCCUUCAAACUGGAACAUCUUCAUUAGCUUCCUCCUCUGCACCUGGACAUGUUGCGCUAUCGUUCUCUUCAUGAACCGCUUUUUGCCAUACAUCGGCAAUCUGGGCAUGUUCUUCAUUCUCGCCGGUGUGUUCAUUACCAUCGUUGUGUGUGCCGUGAUGCCCUACGUCAACGGUACUGGCUAUGCGUCCAAUGAAACCAUCUGGGCCAACUUUGACAACCAGACCGGCUACAAAUCAAACGGCUUCGUGUUUGUCGCCGGUAUGCUUAACGGUGCUUACAGUGUCGGCACUCCUGAUUGUUCAUCUCACUUGGCUGAGGAGAUCCCUAAGUCAGUAUUCCUCCCCUUGCACUCAUCUCUGCUCAAUACUGACCGAAACCACAGGCCCAGUCGUAAUAUUCCUAAGGCCGUCCUUGCCCAGAUGGCUGUCGGUUUCGUCACUGGUAUCUGCUACAUGGUCGCCAUCUUCUACUCUAUCAAUGACGUCGACGCCGUGCGAAACACCGCUCUUUUCCCCUUGGCUGAGAUCUACCACCAAGCGACCAACUCCCGUGGUGGUGCGCUGGGUCUCCUCAUUGUCGCUUUCCUGCCCACUUUGAUCACUGCAUCCGGCUGCUACAUCACCGCCGGUCGCACCCUGUGGACAAUUUCCCGUGACAAUGCCACCCCCUUCUCCGGUUGGCUCGGAAAGAUUCAUCCUCGAUUCCACAACCCCUUCAACGCCACCCUGGUCUGCGGUGGCUGUAUCACUAUCCUGGCAUGUAUCUAUAUGGGCUCAACCACCGCGUUCAGUGCCUUCGUGGGAUGUUUCGUGCAGCUGUCCAGUCUGUCCUACUUCAUGGCCAUCUUCCCCCAUGUCUUGACUCGGCGCUCAUCCUUCGUUCCUGGAUGGUUCUUCAUGAACAACACUGUCGGCUACGUUGUCAACUCUCUCGCUUGCACUUACAUCAUUGCCUUCGCCAUCAUCUUCUGUUUCCCUUACUCUCUGCCUACCGAUGCCGGUUCAAUGAACUACGCCAGUCUGAUGACUGGUGGUCUGUCCAUCUUCGUCACUGUCUGGUGGUUCAUCCACCAGAAGUCGUACGAGGGCCCAAAGCAUGUCCCCUUGACCGACAAGGCUUUGGCCGAUGAUGCGCGGUAA